AUGGGAGUAUCAUCUCUCUCCUACAAGCCACCACCCUCUCUCCAAAAUUCAGUACUCUCAGUUUCUGGGUCUUGCAAAAAAUCACAGACUCCACCUACCGACAUGCCGGAUGCAAUAAAAUAUGCACCAAUCAAUAGUGGAACCCUGAUCUCAGACCUGAAGAGCCAUUUCUCUCACCUGAGAACAAAAAGAACAGUUGCUUGUGCUUAUGGAUGCGUUUUUGCUUUCAUUGCCUUCACUGCUUUCUUAGCUUUUAGUCCUUCUAGCAAUUCGUCAUCACCAUGGUUCACAAACAUCUUCUCUAGCAGUAGUAGUACAAGUAGUUCUUCAAUUUUCUCUGAGGAGUCUUAUAGAUCUCACUUCUCUUCAAUUAUCUCUCGUUUCUUUCCAAAUUCCACACAAACCCACAAUUCUACUAUUCAGACAUCACAAACCAACAUUAAUAGAUCUCGAAAUGACUCAUUUCAACCACCCAAAUUGAAAACAGAACCAGACAUUGGAAAAAACCAGACCCAGAAUAAAGAUUUGCAUGAUAGAUUUGAGGUCUUGAAGCCAAAUCAGAGUACAAUUGAGGCACCAAAAUCCUCAAAUACAACCUUUCAGUCCCCCAAUUUGAAUAGAGAAGGAUCAAUUGCCAAGAACCAGAGUCAGGUUAAAGAACCACGCGAUAAAGUUGAAGUCCUGAAGCCAAAUCUGAGUACAAUUGUGGCACCAAAAUCUCCGGCAGCAGCAAAUAAAACUGCAAAGUUGGAAUCAGAUUCUUCUUCUGAAAGAAAAAAUGUUAGUGGGAAUGGAGAGAAAGGAAUUGGAAAGAAGGAUAAUUCGUCAAAUUUUACUUCUUCUCUGUUGAGAAACCAGAGCAAUGGGUCUAAUUCGGGUGUGUCGGUGAAACAGAGGAGUGAGAAUUUGGUGGAGUCUUUGAUGAAUUGCAAUCUAUUUGAUGGGUAUUGGGUGAGAGAUGACUCUUACCCGUUGUAUAAACCGGGUUCAUGUUCACUGAUUGAUGAGCAAUUCAACUGUUUUCUUAAUGGAAGGCCUGAUAAAAAUUAUGAAAAAUUCAAAUGGAAGCCUAAGGGAUGUACUCUACCAAGGUAUGUGGCAAAACUUUUACUUUUUUUUUUGUUCAAACUUAAUUUUUCUAUGUUUUUUUUCCUUGCAGAGAAAUUUUUAUUUAAGCAUAGUUUGAAAUGGGUUCUGCUCUAA